AUGGGUGGCGCCAAUUCCUCAAACAAUCUUGACUCCCCCACAUCGCUCUAUGGACUGGAGGGGGUCAAUCCGAUGGAACACACCGGCUCGCUCGAGGCAAAACAGCCGAUUCUGCACGACAGUUUGUACUGCAAUGAUAACCCCAGACAAACAUUUACUGUGUCCUCCCAUCGCGAGAAACACUAUCAUCAGGAUCCAAAUGCUCAGGAGCCCCAAAGAGCCCCAACACCGGCAGAUUUGCUAAGAACCUUGUCAAAUAGCAACCUCAAAACCGUCAAGUCCCAUGCUCAGCUCGCAAAGACUGCUCACGGGGUUCGCAUACUGGCGAAAAACCUGAACCGAGCCACAAUUCAUCUCCAAUUGCGGUCAGUCAUGCUCAUUACCAAGGCCAGAGACAAUUCGCUGGUCUACCUUACAAAAGAAGUUGCCGAAUGGCUCCUUACAAUAAAUGACGAGACUCAAGUUUACGUCGACUACCACCUCGAAAAAUCGAAAAGAUUCGAUCCGCAAGGCCUUAUCCACGACAAUCCGUCUGCAGAAGGAAGACUCAAGUUCUGGACAAAGAAACUAAUCAGAGAAAACCCCGAUACUUUCGACCUUGUGAUCACUCUGGGAGGAGACGGAACAGUUUUGUACGCAUCGACUUUGUUCCAAAGAGUGGUUCCUCCGGUGAUGUCGUUCUCGCUCGGCUCACUGGGUUUCCUCACAACGUUCCCCUUCGAAAACUUCCGAAGUAUUCUGGCUACAGUCAUCAAAACGGGUGUCCACACAAAUCUCCGAAUGCGGUUCACUUGUCGGGUGCAUACAGCCGAGGGUGAUCUUGUUUGCGAACAACAAGUUUUGAACGAAUUGACAGUCGACAGAGGUCCUUCUCCGUGGGUUUCGAUGCUGGAACUAUACGGAGACGGCUCGUUGUUGACAGUUGCUCAAGCAGACGGACUUAUUAUUGCUACCCCAACAGGAUCGACUGCCUAUUCUCUUAGUGCUGGUGGCUCCCUAGUGCAUCCGGGAGUCAGUGCCAUCAGUGUGACUCCCAUAUGUCCUCACACGCUUUCUUUCAGGCCGAUAUUGUUGCCAGAUACAAUGGCUUUGAAAGUCAAAGUCCCAUUGCGGUCUAGAUCCACUGCAUGGGCCUCUUUUGACGGUAGAUCCCGAGUCGAGCUUUUGAAAGGUUACUACGUGACGGUGUGCGCAUCUCCGUUUCCAUUCCCAACCGUGAGAUCGUCCAAGACAGAAUAUAUCGACAGUGUCAGUAGAGUUCUGAACUGGAACAAUAGAGAGGAGCAACGGUCGUUCAUCCAUUUAUUGAGUGAUAAAAACAAGAAAUCAUACACCACAUACCACAGACGACACGGUUCAUCACCCGGGAGCGACCUUGAAGACGAGGACAAUCUGGAUCACAAUCUCUCGCAUCCAUCCGAUGUCGAGGAUGAAGAUGACGAGGAGCAGUCAGUGGAAACGGAACCGAAACGAUCCAAAGCCAAGUUCACAUUGAGCGAGGACCAGCUUGACGACACGUUAGGGAAACACACGCAUGGCGAGCCUUCGAAACUUAAAAAUGUGAUUGCUUCAAGAGACGUUAGCGACACAUCUGACGACGAAAGAGAGUCCCUACAAGAGCAGCAAGAUAUACAAGACGAGCUUGCUGGCAACUUUGAGAUAGAUUACAACGACGACGAAGACGAGGAGGAAAAUGCUGCAUCCAGAGAAGAUGGAGCUUCGAGCAGCCAAACUCCAUCGACAGACAAACGAUCUUUACGAAACUACUACGACCAAAAUUUAAGUGAAUCGACGCUAGAAUUAGACGACGGAGAAGAAGCUCAAAACAACCAUUUUGUUCCGAAGGAAUCGGAGGAGGUUACAACCCCAAUGAGACAUUCUCCGGACAUUUCGAACCCCACCUUGGAAAAACUUGUGCAUCCACAAGCGUUGAGCAAGGAUAUAGCGAGGAAGCUCAAGCGGUUGAAUGUGUAA